AGUGUUUACAGUCCGCCGUUCUUCUGGGUUUAUGAAGAGGGCAUUCACACCUAAUGCCGUGUGGCACAUGUCUGCAAGCAUUGAGCUUCUCACUGCUGAUCAAAGAUACCUGAAGGGCUUCUCUCCAUUCAGUCUUAAUGAGGUUUUAACGGAUCCAUACCUUCUGCUGCUGCCCGCUUGGAGAUGGUCUGCAUAAAUUCUGAUGUGGCGUUCCGAAGGACUGGAUUGCUGAACGAAACACUGUUUACCAGAGGCCAGUGGACUGCACACAGGCAGGGGUGAAAAUGGACUACCUGUGGGGGAUUGUACUGCUGCUGUGGACGCUCGGCGCGCCGGAGAGAGGAGCCGACGCUCAGAGGAGCAAGAACAACGUACCCCGGCUCAAACUCUCGUAUAAAGAAAUGUUGGAAUCCAACAACCUGCUCACUUUCAACGGAUUGGCCAACAGCUCUGCCUAUCACAACUUUUUAUUGGACGAGGAGAGAGGUCGGCUGUUUGUGGGGACCAAAGACCAUGUGCUAUCCUUCAACUUGGUGGACAUCAAUCUGGACAUGCAACUGAUAUCCUGGCCUCCUUCACCUUCUCGACGAGAUGAAUGCAAGUGGGCUGGGAAGGACGUCCAGAAGGAGUGCUCAAACUUCAUAAAGGUUCUGCAGCCGUUUAAUCAGACGCACUUGUAUGUGUGUGGAACAGGAGCCUUCCAUCCCGUCUGUGCUUAUGUGGAAGUGGGCAAACGCCCAGAGGACAACAUCUUUCGGCUAGGGUCAUCAAGUUUUGAGAAUGGCCGUGGAAAGAGUCCCUAUGACCCCAAACUGCUGACUGCUUCCAUGCUGAUCGAUGGGGAACUUUAUGCUGGGACAUCAGCUGACUUCAUGGGCCGGGACUUUGCCAUUUUCCGAACGUUAGGCAAGCACCAUCCAAUCAGAACGGAGCAGCACGACUCCAGAUGGCUCAAUGACCCCAGAUUUAUCAGUGUGCAUCUCAUCCCAGAGAGUGACAACCCUGAGGACGACAAGAUCUAUUUGUUCUUCAGAGAGAACGCCAUUGAUGGAGAGCAAAUCAGCAAAGCCACACACGCCAGAAUCGGACAGCUGUGCAAGAAUGAUUUUGGAGGCCACAGGAGUUUGGUGAACAAAUGGACCACCUUCCUGAAGGCCCGUUUAAUCUGCUCCGUUCCUGGCCUGAACGGCAUCGACACACACUUUGAUGAACUACAGGAUGUUUUUCUCAUGAGCUCCAAGGAUCCCAAAAACCCUAUUAUCUAUGCUGUAUUUACAACAUCCAGUAAUAUCUUUAAGGGCUCAGCGGUGUGUAUGUACAGUAUGGCGGAUAUCAGGAGGGUGUUUCUGGGCCCCUAUGCCCACCGAGAUGGACCCAACUACCAAUGGGUACCGUUUUUGGGUAGAGUGCCAUAUCCAAGACCUGGCACAUGCCCCAGCAAAACGUUUGAUGGUUUUGAAUCAACAAAGGACUUUCCUGACGACGUUAUCACGUUUGCCAGAAGCCAUCCGGCCAUGUUCAACCCAGUGUUCCCCAUCAACAACCGUCCAAUCAUAAUCAAAACCGAUGUUGACUAUCAGUUCACACAGAUAGUGGUGGACAGGGUGGAGGCAGAGGAUGGACAGUAUGAUGUCAUGUUUAUUGGCACUGACAUGGGCACAGUUCUUAAGGUGGUUUCUAUCCCCAGAGGAACAUGGCAUGAUCUUGAAGAAGUCCUGUUGGAAGAGAUGACUGUGUUCAGAGAACCAACAGCUAUUACUGCAAUGGAACUCUCCACAAAGCAGCAACAGCUCUAUCUUGGAUCCACCAUUGGGGUUUCUCAGAUGCCGCUGCAUCGCUGUGACGUGUACGGGAAGGCCUGCGCUGAGUGCUGUCUGGCACGUGAUCCUUACUGCGCCUGGGACGGCUCACAAUGUUCCCGAUACUUUCCAACUGCUAAGAGGAGAACGAGGCGUCAGGAUAUAAGGAACGGAGACCCUCUGACUCAGUGUUCAGAUCUACAGCAUCACGAAGAGGCAGACGGAGAGAGGGGUUUGCUGGAUAAGACAGUGUACGGGGUUGAAAACAGCAGCUCUUUUCUGGAGUGCAGUCCUAAAUCCCAGCGUGCCCUUAUUUACUGGCAGUUUCAGAGACAUGGAGAGGACCGCAAACAAGAGAUAAAGUCAGAUGAGCGGGUGUUGGGCACAGAACAGGGUCUGUUGAUCCGAACUCUCCAUCAGAAGGACUCGGGUGUGUAUUACUGCCACGCUGUCGAACACGGCUUCAUCCAGACCCUCCUCCGCCUCACGCUCAACGUCAUUCCCACCGAACACCUGGAUGACCUCCUGCACCGAGACACGCCCGACAGCAACGACCCGGCCAACGGCAAGAUGUGGUACCGUGACUUCCUGUCCCUCAUCAACCCGCCGAGCCCGAACAGCGUCGACCAGCUCUGCGAGCAGGUUUGGAAAAGAGAACGGAAACAGCGCAGGCAGAAAGCCAAUCUGCUGAAUGCCAGCCAAUCACACGCCAGCCAGCUCAUCCACUCCAGCCAAUCACACACCAGUAAGUGGAAGCUGCUACAAGAAAACAAGAAAGGACGUAAUCGCAGGACCCACGAGAUGCAGCGGGCACCCCGCAGCGUGUGACGUGGGCUCUAAAUAAAAAAGGAUGAGGAAAUCCAACAGACUUCUGCUGAGACUGGAGACAGGAAGAGUGGGAUUCCACUUCCUGUAGUAUGUGUGUGAGAGAAUUAGAGCACAUCUUCAUUGACACGUAUUGAGGCUCAAACUCUGAGAGGACCUAACGGAACACAAGAUGCUAACAGAUACUGAAAUACCUGUAAAUAUGACAUAAAUACAAAAAUAUACUGUGAGACAGGUUUCAGUCUGUAUAAAAACCUUGUUUCAUUUUAUGAGGGACAAAACAUGGAUGCUGAAAGACCACUGUUUAACCUCCAUUUAGCUGAAGCACAAUCCCAGUGCAUUCUGGGUAAUGAACUUGUCAGUGAUAUUAUGUGUAUAGAGUGUGUUGACCUUAACAUAUACUGUAUAUCUUUGUAUUGGAACGGUAGGCCCUUCUGUUUAUGUAUGUAUCCAUUAAUUAGAUAUUGUUCUUUAGGAUUUAUUCUUCUUUUUCUUUCCCCCUCUUUCUAUCUUCCUCCUUGUGUUUUCUAUUUUCAUCUGCUGCAAAAGCAACGCCUCAGCAGAUCCAUUAAUGGAACUCUGUUGUUCCUCUGAAUAAGCUCUUCCUGACAAGAAAAAACAACUAAAAAUAUUUUCUGCUAUUUUUUUUAGAUUAAUAUUUAAUUUUGUACUGUGCCAGAGUAUAUCUAAAAUAUUACAUAAUAGAUUUAUUUUAUUAUUAGUUGUCUUCAUUGUAAACCACUGCACCAUGAGGGGAAACAAACCCUCUUCAUUAACUAACUUUUUCUCCUCAGUUAAGUUAUUUGUUGAUAUGAUUUUGCUCUAUGUUCACAUUCACGUUUAUAUAAAAGCAUUGUGGUCGAGUAUAUGAAAUACCGUGGCAUUUAUUGCCAUGUGUUCCUUUUUGUCAUGUUUGUCAGGCAGACUUGGGGAAAUACUACUAGCUUCCACUACAUGUACAAAAACAGAAUUUAUGAAAACCCAAUCCACAUUACCACUAUAGAGAGUACAUGACUGUUUUUCUGAAUAAUUCUGUUUAUGGCAUAACAUUAUUAUUUGUAACUGCUAAAAAGGAUUUUCAUUUUUGCUUUUUACAAGGCCAUUUUACGUUUUCUCCAUUUUAUGUGACAUUCAAGGCCAUAUUUGACGUCAACAUGGAAAUAUAGUAUAUCUGGAACACUUGUUGCUACUAUAACGUGACAUUUCUAAGUGAAACAGCAUUAAUCAUAAUUUUAUACAUUUUAAUCCCCUUAUGAAAAGUGAGCAUCCGAAUAAACAUUUUGUGUGCAUAUAUAUGUUGUAGUCCAUAAGUUAUUCAAAAGAAGAUGUAAGAAAAUAUAAUUAUCAAUCUCAUCAAAAUAUAAUAAAAUGUAGCUCUAUCUCUGAGACAACUUUCAAAGUCACAAAACUUUCAACCAAUGGGUGGCGCCAUUGUUACACUCCUCUUUAUAUAUUAGAAGCUCAGAGAUGUUUUAGAGAUUUUUACAUUUUAUUACAUUUUUAAGAGAGAUUAUGAAAACAGACUAUUUAUUUUCCCUGGAAUAACUUAUGGACUUAAUCAUGAACCAUGCAAUAAGACCAAAAACUUGUACUGAGAGAGUAAAUGGGGUUGUUGUUGUUUUUUUUUUGCUUUAAAUAUGAGAGGGCAAAGGAGGACAAAUUUACAACUGUUAUAUAAUAUCCCGACGGGACAGCUGUGUGACUAGAACUGCUGGGAUCAGAGACAGAACACAGCUGGGACCAGACGCAUAGACUCCUUGAGAAGUCCUACUUUCACCCCUUUCACAGAAUUAGUUUUAUCAAGUCAUUUUUGUCCCCUCUUGUUGAGGCCACACACACGCUCACACCUACAGCACACAUAUAUCUGAAUGUAGCUGUGAACAUAUAGACUAUUUAUGGAAAAAAUGGUCCAAAAUAUAUGCCACUGUGUACAAACUGCAUGUGAAUUUACAGCACCACUCAUUUCUAUACUCGUUUACAGUAGCUGCUCUUGUUAAUGAGUGAUUUGUCUGGCGUUGGAUUCCAGGUGGUGCUUAAAAAUAUUCUGCUAAUAAUGACAGAUGGUGUUAUCGACGGGCAUAAUUUCUGCCUGAUGAAUUCUCUACCUUUGUAGCUAAAUGUAUAACCAACAGGAAUUUCAGAUGCAAAACUUAACAGUAUGAACUCGGUUGGCUGGCUCUGUUUGAAUGGACAUUGGGCAGAAAAGGACACCUGCCUUGCUUAGACUUUUCACAGGGACUCUCCUGAACUGGAAACGAGGGACAAAGACAUGAAAAUGCUGCUGUAAAUUAUUCAUUUCUGGCAUGCAUUCUGCUGUUCAAAUAAAUGUCUCUU